AUGACUAAAGAAAUUGUUACACUUCAUGUUGGACAGUGCGGCAAUAAUAUCGGUAAUGAAUUCUGGAAUCAAAUCUGCCUUGAACAUGGAAUCAACAAAGAUGGAUUUUUAUUGGAUAAAACACCUAUUGGUGAUGAUAAAGAUGUUUUUUUCUUCCAAACAGGCACUAAUCGUUAUUACCCAAGAGCUCUUUUAAUUGAUUUAGAACCUCGAGUUAUUUCUUCCAUCUUAAAUUCUGAAAAUAAGAACUUGUUUAAUCCUGAAAAUGUUUUCUUAUCCAAAGAUUCCAUGGGUGCUGGAAAUAACUGGGGAGUUGGCUAUACUUAUGGAAAUCAAUUUAAUGAUGAAUUGUCUGAAAUUGUGGAUAGAGAAGUUGAUAACGCCGAUAAUUUGGAAGGAUUCGUACUAUCACAUUCCAUAGGUGGUGGUACAGGAAGUGGAUUAGGAAGUUAUUUACUAGAGAUGAUAAAUGAGAAUUAUCCAAAAAAGCUAAUAAAAACAUUUUCUGUGUUUCCGCAACUUAAAAAGUCGAGCGAUGUUGUAGUUCAGCCUUACAAUACAAUUUUAUCAUUAAAACGACUAAUACUAAAUGCUGACCUUGUUAAUGUUAUUGAUAACAAUGUUGUCAAUAAUCAUAGUUUCACCUCAGAUAACUUAUUGUCUCUAAGAUCCCACAACUCUAAUAACAAUAGUUUAAAGGAAAAUUCGACUAGUUUUGAGGAAAAUUCAAAUUCUAAAGAAAAACUUCAAUAUAACAAUAAACUAGUAAUGACAUACAAAUAUCUUGACUACAUAACUAAUUUUAUUAACAUUAUUUCUAAAAAUAUAAUGAAUAUACAGAUUGGGAAUAUAAUGUCAAGUGUAACAAGUUGUAUAAGAUUUCCAGGACCAAUAAAUAAUGAUUUAAUAAGUUUGGUAUCGUCACUUGUUAUUAUUCCGAGAUGCCACUUCCUCAUCUCUUCAAUUAUGGAUCAUGAAAACAUUACUCUACUCAAUCUAGUCAAAAAACUUUACUACCCAAACAACUUUCUCGUCUAUACUAGCACGAAAAACGGAAAAUAUCUUUCAGCAUUAAAUAUUAUUCGAGGAAAUAACAUUAACCCAUCUGAUGUGUAUAAGUGUAUAGAAAAGAUAAAAGAGAAGCGCUUGGUGGAAUUUAUCAAGUGGAACCCAGCGAAUAUACAAGUUAAUCUAAUUAAACAAUCACCUCAUAAACAAGAUAAAACAAAUGGGAUCCUGGUAGCCAACCAUACCUCAAUAAACCAAGUGUUUGAGGAUUGUAUAUUACAAUUUGAUAAGUUAUAUAGUAGAAGAGCAUUUCUGGAUAACUACAGGAAAGCAGAGUUUUUUUCAAGAGAAGACGGAAAAGGAGACUUUGAAGAAAUGGAACAUUCCAGAGAAGUCGUUGAACUCGUUAAGGAAGAAUAUAUCAGAUCCCAACAAGACGAUUAUUAUGAUCUAUCUUGCAAAUAA